AUGGCGCCUCCAUAUCGGAAUGAUAAAUUUGCUUCGGGCUCGUCUCGUCGACCCUUUCCUUCGCGAAAUGAUCGGGAUGGCCGCAUGUAUGAUGAUCGAUCGCGAUCUCGCUCGCCUGGAGUUCCCUCUUCACAUGGUAUUGAACUGAGGCUAAUUACAUUCUCAUCUGAAUUGGUAAAUAAAGAUCGUGCAUGCUCGCCUCGAAGACUAGCGGCCGACGGCAGACUCGAGUACUCCAGAGACCGAGAAUCUGGACAAGGCUACCGGAGCCAUGAUCGCGAUGAUUAUCGCCGUCGAAACUCGCGUUCAUCUCCUCACAGGGGCAGAAACACGUACAAAGACCGCGAUCGAGAGGGUUAUCGAAGCGCGAGCGGCAAUCGAAGCCGAACUCGCAGCCCUCGUCGAGGCCAGUCCCACAUGGGACAGGUGAGCCGAGAAGUGAUGAUGGAUGGACUUCCGGUGGACAUGACAGAAGAGCAUAUCUCAGCUGAACUUAGCAAUGCCUAUCAUGUCGACGGCCUGGAAGACAUUAGGGUCAUUCGAGACCGACAGACGAAGUUGUCCCGUCAACUAGGGUUCCUGCGUUUUUCCACGAUUGACGCAUCGCGCGAUUUUGUUGAACGAAACCACCCUUUCAUCUUCUUUUAUGGUCCCACAAACGACCGCAGCACACAAGUACGGAUAGCUUACAGCCGCGAGAGGGAAGACCGAGCUCGUGCAAGAGGCGCAAGUGAUUGGAACUGUAGGAAGUGUCUCGUUGUCAACUUCUCCACACGCUCCCAUUGUUUCAAGUGCGGUAUUCCACGACCCGGUGCGUCACCGUCACAAACACUCACACUCUUUGCAGCACUGACCAUCCAAGCAGAUAUGGAUACCGGCCCCCCUGGAGUUUCGGCUCCCAAGAUAGCUAACGAAGGUGACAAUGAUGUCGCCCCUGAGGGCCAGCCUUCCCAGUUCCUCCUGAUCCGUGGUCUAGCGGCGUCUGUCACAGAGGAGCUUCUUGCGAAAGGAGUUUCUAAACUGUAUCGGCCGUCUGGCAACAAUGACAGUGCGCCUGACAAUCAAAAGAAGGGAUCGAAGGUAGCCUCGACCACUGGUGACAGCAACUUGGGAGCGCGUGAAGGCUCUCUCCGUCGCGUGCUCCUUGUACGUGACCGCAGAACCAAUGAAAGCUGGGGUUACGGAUUCGCAGAAUUCGCAGGAAUCAACGAUGCACAAGCUGCAAUGACGCGGCUCAACUCUUUUGAAAAAUUUACCAUCUCCUCCAAGCCGGUGUUGGUCUCCUACAUUCACGGCGGAGUGUUUGUUCCAGUCAUGAACGCCUCAUCCGGUGCUAGCUACUUCACUUUCAGCCCGUCUAACAACCCAUCGCUGAAAUUGAUGUACUGGGAUGAUGCAGCAUUCGUCACGGAACUCGUGGUGUCAACCGAGGAAGACGAUGCCGCGCAGGAGCAGAGAGCGAACAAGACAACUUCCAACCAUGGAGACGCCCAAGCCAAGGGCAUGAAGGACUCCGACAAGGGUAAAAAGAGGAAAACCGACGGUCCGGCCAGUGCGAAUACCAAGAAGCUUGCAAUGCCAUCCCAGCUCCAAUUCUGGAGUGACCGCCACGCUGAGCUACAUGGGAUCAACAGAGAUGGUGCUGGAAACUCCGCGGAGGGCUCGAACUCAGCAACCCCGGCGACUGAAGCAGCUGCUCCACCGGCUCCAUCAUUUGCAGACUUCAACCAGAACUGCUGCCUCUUGUGCAUGCAGCAGAUGGUGGAUGCGGGUCAUCUCAGAUACCACGAGCGCACUAGUGACAUCCACCGCGAGAACCUGAAGGAUGUCAAGUUGAGAAUACUCGGCGUAUGCUGGUUGAUAAUCUAUCAUGUCGUGCCUAUGCCAACUCCAAACUAUCAAGACAGCAAGGAUGAAUACCGUGAUGGACUUGAGCAAGAAUAUUCCAUCCCUCCAUCCGCUCGAUCCUUCGCAGACCUAAAGCGGAACUGGUGCCUGUUGUGCUUCAGCAAGUUCGAUACUCCAGAAGAGGUCCUUGCACACGACCGCGUCAGUGAAUACCAUCGAAAGGAACUGCAAGAUGAAGAGGCGGUGAAGUAUGGCUUGGACCAGCUUAAACAGGCGGGUCUCGCGCAGGAUAUCAAGCCUGCGGCUCCAGAAUACCGAGACCGCGCCAAGGAGCGCCGCCAGGCAUUCGGACGUGACGAUGCUAAUGCCCGCCAGCGCCCCUCCGAACCAGAAGAAGAGGACGAGCCACCCGUGCAGACAACCUCGAUAGGUGCUUCUCUUCUCAGCAAGAUGGGCUGGUCGGAAGGAUCUGGCCUUGGUGCUCAAGGAACCGGCGUGACCGAGCCGAUUCCUACUGAAAUCUAUGCCCAGGGUGUGGGACUGGGUGCUCAAGGGGGUCGACUGGGUGACGCAACUGAGGAAGCGGGUCGGAACACUAGGGGUCGGUACGACGAAUUCCUGGAGAAGACCAAGGACGCCGCACGCCAGCGCUACGAGGAGAUGGACCGAUCCUGA